AUGAGGACUUAUCAUUGCCUAUCACUAUUCAUCUGGACCUAUAUGUAUCAUACAACUGAUGCUAUCCCAUUUCAAGAAAAAGGUAACAGUGAUUUACCAAGUGAAAGGAUACUGGGUCUGACACAAGAUGAUGGUAAAAUGCUACAUCGCACCAAGCGUGGCUGGAUGUGGAAUCAGUUCUUCUUGUUGGAAGAGUAUACAGGUACAGACACACAAUACGUAGGCAAGCUUCACACUGACCAAGAUAAAGGAGAUGGAAAUUUAAAAUACAUAUUAACAGGAGAUGGGGCUGGCAGUCUGUUCGUCAUAGAUGAAAACACAGGAGAUAUUCAUGCGGCAAAGAAACUAGACAGAGAAGAAAAGUCCCUUUACGUUCUUCGUGCCAAGGCUAUAGACAGAAAGACUGGGCGGCAGGUGGAGCCUGAAUCUGAAUUUAUAAUUAAAAUUCAUGAUAUCAAUGACAAUGAACCAAAAUUCACAAAAGACUUGUACACUGCCAGUGUUCCUGAAAUGUCUGGAGUCGGUACAUCUGUUAUACAAGUGACUGCAACAGACGCAGAUGAUGCCAACUAUGGAAAUAGUGCCAAAGUGGUCUAUAGCAUAUUGCAAGGACAGCCAUAUUUUUCAGUGGACCCAGAAUCAGGUAUAAUAAAAACUGCAUUACCAGACAUGAGCAGAGAAAACAGAGAGCAGUACCAAGUGGUUAUACAAGCCAAAGACAUGGGAGGCCAGAUGGGAGGACUUUCUGGGACCACCACAGUCAACAUCACUCUGACAGAUGUCAACAACAACCCUCCUCGAUUUCCCCAGAGUACGUAUCAAUUUCAUUCUCCUGAGUCUGUACCUCUUGGAACUCCUCUUGGAAGGAUAAAAGCCAAUGACCCUGACGUGGGGGAAAAUGCUGAGGUGGAAUACAGCAUUGCUGAAGGAGAUGGAGCAGACAUGUUCGAUGUCAUCACUGACAAGGAUACACAGGAAGGGAUUAUAACUGUCAAACAGAAUUUAGAUUUUGAAAACAAGAUGCUGUACACUUUAAAAGUGGAUGCAAGUAACACUCACCCUGAUCCACGGUUCUUACACCUGGGACCUUUCAAAGACACAGCUGUGGUUAAAAUAUCUGUGGAAGAUAUAGAUGAGCCUCCUGUGUUCAGUAAAGUCUUUUAUUUGAUAGAAGUAGAUGAAGAUGUAAAGGAAGGCAGCAUCAUUGGACAGGUGACCGCAUAUGACCCAGAUGCCAUGAACAAUUUAAUAAAGUACUCUGUUGAUCGGCAUACUGACAUGGACCGGAUUUUCAGUAUUCACUCAGAAAAUGGCUCUAUUUUCACUUUGAAGCCUCUAGACAGGGAAUCAACUCCUUGGCACAAUAUAACCGUCACAGCUACAGAAAUAAAUAACUCAAAACAAAGUAGCCACAUUCCUGUCUUCAUCAGAAUUCUAGAUAUAAAUGACCACGCUCCAGAAUUUGCCAUGUACUAUGAAACAUUUGUUUGUGAAAAUGCAAAACCUGGGCAGUUAAUUCAGACUGUCAGUGUCAUGGACAAAGAUGAUCCUCCCCGAGGCCACAAAUUCUUUUUUGAACCAGUGCCAGAAUUCCCCCUCAAUCCAAACUUCACCAUUGUAGACAAUAAAGAUAAUACAGCAGGAAUCAUGACUCGAAAAGAUGGGUACAGCCGCAACAAAAUGAGCACAUAUUUGCUGCCAAUUUUAAUUUUUGACAAUGAUUAUCCAAUUCAAAGCAGCACUGGCACACUCACCAUUCGUGUGUGUGCUUGUGAUAAUCAAGGAAACAUGCAGUCCUGCAGUGCUGAAGCCUUGGUCCUCUCUGCUGGACUGAGCACUGGAGCUCUCAUUGCUAUCCUCCUCUGCGUCAUCAUACUGCUUGUUUUAGUUGUGCUUUUUGCUGCAUUGAAGAGGCAAAGAAAAAAGGAACCUCUGAUAAUUUCAAAAGACGAUGUCCGGGACAACAUUGUGACCUAUAAUGAUGAAGGCGGCGGGGAAGAAGAUACCCAAGCUUUUGACAUCGGCACUUUAAGGAAUCCAGAAGCAAGAGAAGAUAGUAAACUUAGAAGGGAUGUAAUGCCUGAAACAAUUUUUCAGAUAAGGAGGACUGUACCUCUGUGGGAAAAUAUUGACGUACAAGAUUUUAUCCAUCGAAGACUAAAAGAAAAUGACUCAGACCCAAGUGCACCUCCUUAUGAUUCACUGGCAACUUAUGCCUAUGAAGGGAAUGAUUCCAUAGCAGACUCCCUCAGUUCUUUGGAAUCUCUUACAGCAGAUUGCAACCAAGAUUAUGAUUACCUCAGCGACUGGGGGCCUCGUUUUAAAAAACUUGCUGAUAUGUAUGGGGGUGAUGAUAGUGACCGAGACUGA